AUGGGGCGUUGGGUUAAGCCUGAGGUGUACCCUCUAAUGGCUGCGAUGACAUUUGUGACAAGCUUGUGUGCAUUUCAGCUUACAAGGAACGUGUUCCUAAACCCAGAUGUCAGAAUCGACAAAGCUAGGCGUGGAAUGGGAGUGCUGGAAAACAAGGAAGAGGGAGAGAAGUAUGCAGAGCAUGGGCUGCGCAAGUUCCUCCGCACCCGCCCGCCUGAGAUCAUGCCUACCAUCAACCGAUUCUUCUCUCAAGACGAAUGA